AUGGCGUCCUCACAAAUCCUCAAGCGUUCAACAAGAACAUUUGAGAUUUUCCAAUCUUCCAUCCAUUCAUCAUCGUCAUUCCCAUUAAUCUCUACAAUCAGCUCAUGGAAUGCAGUUCCCACCCACGACUUCCCUUCAUCGCUUCAUCUUUAUCCCAGAAGUUUCUGCAAAAGAAACAUCGAUAACCCAGAUGCAUUUAACCACCAAAUCAUCACUUCUGAGGUUGAGAAUCUCUGCAAACUGAUCUCAAAUCAUCGUGAUCCUUCUCAACUUGAGUCUUUGUUAAACUCCACUCAAAUCGAACUCUCUCCUUCUCUUGUGGUUGAGGUUUUGAAGAAACUAAGCAAUGCCGGAGUUUUCGCACUUUUUUUCUUCAGAUGGGCAGAGAAGCAAAGCGGAUUCAAACAUACUUCAGAUACCUAUGAUGCUUUAAUCGAAGCUCUAGGAAAGAUCAAGCAGUUUAAGGUUAUAUGGAGCUUAGUUAACGACAUGAAAAUUAAAGGGGUAUUGGGUAAAGGUACAUUUGCUUUGAUUUCGAGGAGGUACGCGAGGGCCAAGAAGGUGAAAGAAGCCCUGGAGGCAUUCGAGAAGAUGGAAAAGUUCGGGUUGAAGCCUGAACUCAGGGAUUAUAACAGGUUUCUUGAUACUCUCUGCAAGUCAAGACAAGUUGAAAGUGCACACCAACUGUUUGAUAAAAUGAAAAACAGAAAUUUCAAACCAGACACAAAGUCUUAUACCAUACUCUUAGAAGGCUGGGGUCAAGAACUGAAUCUCUUGAAACUGGAUGAAGUUUAUAGAGAAAUGAAGGCCGAUGGAUUCGAACCAGAUGUUGUUGCUUAUGGGAUCAUCAUAAACGCUUAUUGCAAAUCGAAAAAGUACGAUCUAGCGAUCAACAAGUUAAAUGAGAUGAGAUCAAAGAAUCUUGACCCAACCCCACAUAUAUAUUGUAGUUUGAUCAAUGGGUUAGGCUCCGAAAAGAGAUUAAGCGAAUCUUUAAUGUUCUUCGAAGCAUCAAAAUCUUGUGGCCAUCCUCCCGAAACUCCUACAUAUAACGCUAUCGUGGGAUCUUAUUGUUGGUCAAUGCAGAUUAACGAUGCUUUCAGGGUAAUCGAAGAGAUGAGGGAAUGUAGGAUUGGACCAAAUUCACGCACUUUCGACAUAAUUCUCCAUCACUUGAUCAAGGGGAGAAGAACGAAAGAGGCUUAUAAUGUUUUCCGACAAAUGAGAGAUGAGUUUGGGUGCGAACCAAGUGUGAGUACUUACGAGAUCAUGGUGAGGAUGUUUUGUAACGAGGGUAGGUUCGAUAUGGCGACCAGUGUUUGGGAAGAGAUGAAAGACCAUGGAGUUCUACCGGGAAUGCAUAUGUUUGCUACUUUGAUUAACAGUUUUUGUCGCGAGAAAAAGUUGCAGGAUGCUUGUAAAUAUUUGGAAGAAAUGUUGGAUAUGGGGAUAAGGCCUCCUGCACAAAUGUUCAACAAUCUGAAAAGAUUGCUUGUUGAUGAGGGAAAGGAGGAGAUGGUGACGAUUUUGACUCAUAGGCUUGAGAAACUGAGAACACUUUUGGUCGUUAGUUGAGAAAUGAAGAAAAGGUGUCAUUUAUUUGAAUUUGGAAGGCUUGGAAACGUUAAGAUUUGAAUUUUGAAGUUAUCGGGAUGGUUUAUUUUGAAUUGAAGUCCCAUAAUUUCGAACGGGUCUAUCAGACUGUGUUGGCCUGUUGGGAGUUGUGUCUAUUACGGAUAAGUUGAGGAAGCGAAAAGUGUGGUGGUUUGGUUAUGUUUGCGGUUGACGGUUGGCGGUUGGCGGUUGGCGGCUCGAGUGAGGAGGGUCAAAAGUGCAACAGUUGAGGGGGCGAGGAGGGGAGGAGUAGGCAUAGCAACUGA